UCUCUAGAGCACCAAGGUGUUUCGGUCGCCUGCAGGCUACGUCGCCCGCAAACGCGGUGUUGUUGGGCUGCAUCCCGAGCGGGGACAUCGAUAGAUCACGGGACGCGGCCACCAUGCCGAUCAAUAAAUCCGAGAAGCCAGAGAGCUGUGAUAAUGUGAAGGUUGUUGUUAGGUGCCGGCCCCUCAAUGAAAGAGAGAAAUCAAUGUGCUAUAGACAGGCCGUCAGCGUGGAUGAGAUGAGGGGAACUAUCACCGUCCAUAAGACUGAUUCUUCCAACGAACCUCCAAAGACAUUUACUUUUGAUACUGUUUUUGGACCAGAAAGUAAACAACUUGAUGUAUAUAACUUAACUGCAAGACCUAUUAUUGAUUCUGUUCUGGAAGGCUACAAUGGGACCAUUUUUGCAUAUGGACAGACUGGGACAGGCAAAACUUUCACUAUGGAAGGUGUCCGUGCCGUGCCGGGGCUCAGAGGAGUCAUCCCAAACUCAUUUGCUCACAUAUUUGGUCACAUCGCAAAAGCAGAGGGUGACACAAGGUUUUUAGUUCGAGUGUCAUACUUGGAGAUAUAUAAUGAAGAAGUUCGAGACCUUUUGGGCAAGGAUCAGACACAACGGUUGGAGGUUAAAGAAAGACCUGAUGUGGGAGUAUAUAUCAAAGAUUUAUCAGCUUAUGUGGUCAAUAAUGCUGAUGACAUGGAUAGAAUCAUGACAUUAGGUCACAAAAAUCGUUCUGUUGGUGCAACUAACAUGAAUGAGCAUAGUUCAAGAUCCCAUGCCAUCUUUACAAUUACUAUAGAAUGUAGUGAGAAAGGCGUCGAUGGAAACAUGCAUGUCAGGAUGGGGAAGCUGCAUCUCGUGGAUCUUGCAGGGUCAGAAAGACAAGCAAAGACUGGAGCCACAGGACAACGUCUCAAGGAAGCUACAAAAAUCAAUCUUUCACUCUCCACCCUGGGCAAUGUCAUUUCUGCCUUGGUGGAUGGAAAAAGCACGCAUGUGCCGUAUCGAAACUCUAAACUGACACGUCUCCUGCAGGAUUCUUUAGGAGGGAACUCAAAAACCAUGAUGUGUGCAAAUAUUGGGCCAGCAGAUUAUAAUUACGAUGAAACCAUCAGUACCUUGCGGUAUGCCAACCGUGCCAAGAACAUUAAAAACAAAGCGAGAAUUAACGAAGACCCUAAGGAUGCUCUGCUCCGCCAGUUCCAGAAGGAAAUAGAAGAGCUGAAGAAAAAGCUCGAGGAAGGUGAAGAAGUUUCAGGCUCUGACAUCAGUGGGUCAGAGGAGGAUGACAAUGAGGAGGGUGAGCUUGGAGAAGAUGGAGAAAAAAGGAAGAAGAGAAGGGGCAGUAGCAGCAGCAGUAGCUCAGACUCCACAUGUUCUGUCAUAGAGAAGCCUCUGGAUGAGUUCUUGCCUCACCAAGCAGGUAAAAAGAAAGUUUCCCCAGAUAAGAUGGUGGAAAUGCAAGCGAAAAUUGAUGAGGAGAGAAAAGCACUGGAAACAAAACUUGACAUGGAAGAAGAAGAAAGAAACAAGGCUAGAGCUGAACUGGAGAGACGGGAGAAGGACCUGCUGAAAGCCCAACAAGAGCAUCAGUCUUUGCUGGAAAAACUGUCUGCUUUGGAGAAGAAAGUCAUUGUCGGUGGUGUGGACUUGUUGGCCAAAGCUGAGGAGCAAGAGAAACUUCUCGAGGAGUCCAAUAUGGAGCUGGAGGAGAGGAGGAAGAGAGCUGAGCAACUUCGGAAAGAACUUGAGGAAAAAGAGCAAGAACGCUUGGACAUUGAGGAAAAAUAUACCAGUCUGCAAGAGGAGGCACAGGGAAAGACCAAGAAAUUAAAGAAAGUCUGGACCAUGCUGAUGGCUGCAAAGUCAGAGAUGGCCGAUCUCCAGCAAGAGCAUCAGAGGGAAAUUGAAGGUCUCUUAGAGAACAUUCGGCAGCUCAGCCGUGAGCUUCGGCUUCAGAUGCUCAUUAUUGAUAACUUCAUACCUCAGGAUUACCAGGAAAUGAUUGAAAACUAUGUCCAUUGGAAUGAAGACAUAGGAGAAUGGCAGCUAAAAUGUGUGGCCUACACAGGAAAUAACAUGAGGAAACAGACCCCAGUGCCUGACAAGAAGGAGAGAGAUCCUUUUGAAGUAGACCUUUCCCACGUGUACCUCGCCUAUACAGAAGAAAGUCUGCGUCAAUCUUUGAUGAAAUUAGAAAGGCCACGGACCUCCAAGGGGAAAGCAAGGCCAAAGACUGGGAGACGAAAGCGUUCUGCAAAGCCCGAGACCGUAAUUGAUUCUUUACUUCAGUAAAUGUUACAGAAUUAAGGUUACAAUAAAAAAGAGUGAUAUUCCCA